AUGGAGGAACAGUUAAAGGAAAUUGAGGUAUGAAUAUAUUUUGGGAAAUCAAAAAUGAAAGUUGAUUUGUUUUAGGGUUUGCUCGAAACGACAACCCGAUCGGAUGACGGGGAAACAACAACACCUCUUGAUAACAUCAAAAAGGUAUGAUUUAUAUUAGUCUUGAACAUGGCUCUAACAAAAAAAGUCCCAAAAAUAAUAGGUUUUGUGAUAAAUCAGGAAUGUCAAGAAGCUUCGCUAUUUUCCAACAAAAAAUUCAAAUUCCUAUAAAAAACUUCAUAAAUGAUUCAUUAUGUUCAAAAUAACGAAUCAAACAUUGUUUUCAAAUUAUUUGCACUAGGUAGAUAUUUAUAAUUCCCGGUUUCGAUCUACAGUAUCCCAACGCAAUUCAUCUCAAUUCAACAAUUUAUAUUUUUACAGUAUAUCAAACUUGCAUUCCCUCAUGUUGCUCUUGUUGCCGUUGUUUGUUUGUAUGCAACAAUUGGUGCAUUUAUUUUUUAUCGACUUGAAUCUCAAAAUGAAAUCGAUCUGAAAACGGCGGGAAAAGUGAAUAUUACAAUAUUGCGAACUCGAUUGAUAAAUCUAAUUCGUGACGGAGGUUGGUUUUGGGAAUUUUGGAGUCGAAUUCCAGCUUGUUACUAUUUAAAAUGUAUUUUUUUAAACCAAAGUCACAUCGUUAUUCAAAUUUCACAGUUCCGACAAUUUAAUUCUAAUAAAAUCUAAGUUUUUCAGAUGUAUAUAAUCACACGUGGAAAGACAAUGUCGAAAUUCGGUUAACCAAUUAUACAGAGCAAUUAUAUAAAUCAUUCAAAGAACAUUAUGUGCGAUUUUCGGAUGUCAAAAAUAUAGGAGAUGAUUCAAAAAAUAGUGAAGAACAUGAAAUAGAUUCAGAUAGAAAAAGAAGGCAUCGACAUGGUGGAAAAGGAAGAGGAAAUCAAGAUGGUGAAAAAAUGUGGACUAAAAGUAGUGCACUAUUUUUUGCUGCAACAACUAUGGCAACAAUUGGAUACGGUAAUAUUGUACCAGCAACAACACAAGGUAGAAUUGCUUGUGUUAUUUUUGCAUUAUUUGGUGCACCAUUAGCUAUUAUAACUAUUGGAGAUUUGGGUAAAUUCUUAUCUGAAUGUACAAUUUGGUUAUAUAAACAAAUGAGGAAAAGUGGAAAUGAUUUCAAAGAUUUUAUUCGAAGAAUAAGAGGAAUUGAAAUUAGUGAAACUGGAACAGAUAUAGAGAAUGCUCGCAAAAAUUCACAAGAUCCCGAAGGCUCGUCAGAACUUGAUUGGGAAGAUUUAGUUAUUGACAAGACUGAAGUUCCAGUUAUGAUGGUUUUCACAAUUCUACUGGUUAGUUUGGCAAAAACAAUUAAAUGUCUUCAAAAAUUACAUUUCAGCUUUAUAUUGCAUUUGGUGGAGUUCUUUUCUCGUUUAUUGAAGGUUGGAGUUAUAUGGAUGCGUUUUAUUACUGUGAGUGCUAAAAUUUUAAACAAAACACUAUUUUUUUUGAAUUUUCAGCAUUUAUCUCAUUGACAACGAUCGGGUUUGGUGAUAUUGUUCCAGAAAAUCAUGAGUCAGUUUUUUUUAUCCCGAAAGCUAUUUUUCUAGUAUUUUUCACGAAAAUACAGUGGAUUACUGUAGUUCAUGUUUCAGUAAACCUAGAUUUCUUCAAAAUAAAAUUUAUGAGUGAUUUAUUUUGAAAUUUUGAGAAAAUUCUGAGAAUUCAUGUUUUUUUUUGGAUUCCAUCAUCUGAAAUUUGAUUUCUUCUGAAUACAUUUUCUGAAUGUAAUUAGAAAAAUAAAAUUAUUGGAUGUUGAUUCCUAGAAAAAUUUUACAUUUUUUCAUACAGAGCCCACCAUUAACUCAAAAAAUUAUUUGCAGCUAUAUUUUGAUCAUGUUGAUCUACCUCGGUGUUGGCCUUUCUGUAACUACAAUGUGUAUUGAUCUUGUCGGUAUUCAAUAUAUUCAAAAGAUUCAUUAUUUCGGAAGAAAAUUCCGUGGCACUGAUCUACUUCAUCUUCUAAAACGAAAACGAAUGAUUGAACGGCGAUUAGCAAUGGGACAAGGAGAGGAUAUUCUUCGAAUGUAUGUUCAACAAAUUGAAAAAGAAGUUGUCGAACAAAUUCAGCAACAACAACAACUUCAAGUAGAAGAGGAAGAAAUGUGAGUUUUUUAACAAAAUUUUUUUUUUCAAAACGAACCGGCACAAUUAUAGCCCAUCUCCCGAGGAAAAAUCAAUAAAUAAUAGUCUGAUGCGGAUAGAUGAUUCAUUAUCUGAAUUCCAAAUUCGAUUUUAUGACACAUACGAUGAAGAAGAUCUCAAAUCACCAACAUGUCAUUCAAUCAGAAGUUUCCAGCCAAGUAUUUGGACACAAUCUUCCGCUAGGUCAUAGUGAGUUUUUCCUUUAAAUCAAAAAAAUAGUAUUAUUUUUGUGCAGUGUCUAUUCACAAUUUCAACGUCAACGAGGUGAUAGUUGGGACGAAUCGGGUCCGUCUCUUUCUGAACAUUGCUCAUUAUCAACCGAACCAUCCGUACAUAUCAGACAGGUUUGUAACAAUAAAGAAAAGAAUUCUGCUCGAAAAUUAAAUUGAAAAAUAUUUUAGGCAUACUGGGAUAAUUAUAGUUCACCUACUCCAUCAGUUAUUUCAUUUUUGCAUCGUCAUCUUUAUUCACCUUCUGUAGCUUCAACCAUUUCGUUUGAUUAUGAAAAUAUUGGUGAGAGUUUUCAAAUUUUUAAUAAACAAUGAACACGUGUAAAAGAUUUUCAAAACGAAAUUCAGCUAAAAAGAGACUUUGAAACGUUCCGAGAAAGUUUUACUUGAAGGAAUGAGAGCAACCUCAGCUUUUCACUCAUUUGAAACAAUUUUUGAAAUUUUAAAAUUCUAUGACAUCAAGUUACCUGUUUUUGAAAAUGGCGUUGGAAAACUCCAUAAUUGAAAAAAUUCUCGUUUUAUAAAACCUUAUGCAAUAUUUAAGUCAUCAUUCAACAUCAAAAAAUAUCAAUGAAAAUCUGAGAUAUAAAUUCAGGAUGAAAUCUUGAUAUACUAAAAAAAACCCUUGAGAACUGGGAUGAGAAUUCACGACCUAACCCUCAGAAUUUUUGAUCUACCGUAUUCCAGCAUCAACAUCGAAACAAGCAGCAAGACCAUCGUCUUGUCCACCAGUUCCGGGAAAAAUUCCACUGCCACGAUUCACGGAUUCCGUAAGUCCAGCUCGCCCAAAUUCUUCCGAUCGUCAACGCCAUCAAGAGCAUGUUAGCACAGCUUCUGAACCAAUCUAUUCAAUGUCACCGCUUUCAUUUCGUUUGCCUGAACCUUUUAUGCUUUCAAAUUUAGCCGCUAUUUGUGAUGAUUUUGAUGCAGGUUCUGAUUGUUUAAAUCUUGCUAGCAAAAAUAUGCACGAUUCGAAACUGUCAGCUGAUUUGCAUGUAAAUCGGGAAGAUUAUAAAAAUGAGGAAAAAACAACAACAAGUUCAACACCACUCAUCGAAACAAAUCAACAACAACAUUUUCAAUCACCGCCUCAUAUUCCAAAACUUCGAUUAUCUCCAAAACGUCUUUCAGUGAUAGAUGAAAAUAAAAGUGAGAUGCAACUUGCUUCUCCAGAACCCGUUUUAAAACGGAAAAAUCGUGAAAGAGUUGCUCGACAACAACAUCCAUUACACUCUUUUGAUUGGCUAAAUGUGAGCCCUCGACAAUUUCGACCUGAAAUUUGUAUAAGCGAAGAUUUACCCAAAUUAUUCAAAUUGGUUCGAAAUCCUGAUUCAACAGCUACAACAACAACUGAAUCUGAUUCAGAAACUCCAGAAUCUGUUGUGUUGAUAAGUCCAAGAUCGGUAAUGCUUUUGCUUUUCCUGUUUCAUUGCUUUUGCUCGAUCAUUUUUUAUAAUAAUUUUUAAAUCAGCCCAAUAAUUCAUAUGAAAACAUUUUCAGCCAAUUGGAUUAGCUUGUAUGCAAGAUUGGGAUUCAUAUAUUCAGAUGUUGGAAGAGGCUUCCAAAAAUUUCCAAUUUCCGAUCGAAGAUGAAAUUGAAGAAGAAGACGAGGAAGAAAUUGAAAGGUUAGUAUUUUUUAGAAAUCGUAAUGCAUGGUGUGUUUUCACCCUUCACCGUAUUUUUUCACCUAACACUUGAAAAUCUCACCUCCUUAGUUUCCGAAAUUUCAGAGAAAGUAUACCGCAUGAAAUUGUAAAAUCGAGCUCUGAAGUAUUUUCUUCGAUAACAAUUGAUUCUUCAACUUAUCAAUUACAUUUUGCACCUCUGAUUUUCUACCAAAGGGCUGCAAGUGUUUUAACUGAAGAAUGUCCGAUGGGAAAUAAUUAUAACAGUCCUCCAAAUCUCGAUUCUGUUUCUUGUGAUGAUUUUGAAAUGUUACCCAGGUAUGUUAAAAACAGCAUGAAUUAUAUUAGUUCAUUUUUAGUUAUAAAGUUAUGAAUACCAAUUAGUUUUUUUUUCAAGGAGGAAAAGGAUAAAAAUGCAGUACAUCUCAAAAGUUUAUACAUUUUUCUGGAUUAAAAUCUUUUCUUUUGGGAUGAACUUGAUCAUUUUCCUCCAGUAUCUCAUAAUUUCUACUUUAAUCAAAAUAUUUAGUCCGAUUCCUCUGGAAGUUCAAUCCUCGGAAUCUGAAGAUGAACCAAUUGGUGUUGAAGUCAAAGAAGAUCGUCUAAAAGCAAUGAAUGAGAUUGAUCUUGGAGCAUUUGAAUUAGUAGAUUCUGGUUUAACCCCCGAAGCAUUGUUAGCAAAAGAUGAGCCAGUAAUAUUCCACCAAAGAAUGCCAGUUCAUUCAGUUCAUCAUGAUACAGUUCAAACAGAAGCAGCGCUUGCAAAUUUAAUGUCAGCUCCUUCAAGUAUGUUAACUGAUGGAAUUCCACCAAUUAUGGUUGAAGACAAUUAUUGUUUUGUUGUGGAUGGCGAAAGAGUUCGAAUGGGUGAUAUAUUAGGAGAUGAUCAAUGGUGGAGACAUACAUCAAGACCCACUAAAUAUUUCUAUUCUGAAGAUUUACGACAAUUUCAUCGUGUUAAUUGUAUAACUGCAAAAGGAAAAGUUAUCACCGCUAAGUUGGCAACACAAUUAACACAUCAACCUUCAACUUCAUCAAUGUCUACCUCAAUGUCACAAAGUACUUCUUUGUCAUCUUCUUCUCAUGCUCCAAUUCAUCCUCAACAUCACAGUAUGUCAAAUACACCAAGGUAGGCUUCUUGAUAAUAACAUUUAAUCAUUCUUCAAAUUAAAAUAUUUACUUAUUCAGAUCAUCAAUAUCUGGCGGAACUCAACAAACCACACCAAAUCGAAGUUCACAUCACGAUGCAAAUAAGGUAUAAGAUUUUAAGGAUUACGGUGUUUUAGUUUUGUCAAAAAUCAUUUUUGUAGAGAAUUUACAGAUCUUCGAACUAUGUAGGUUUUGUAGUUUCAUUUUAAGAAUUGACCUAGAAAUCCAAAUUUUUGAAUUAUUUUCCCAGUUUUCUCCCAUUUCAAUUUUUUACUUUCCCAAACUCGAUGUAUUUCAGGUGCCACUUAACAAUGUCUACAAAGUGAUUCGGUUUUAUUCUUUCUGGAAAACUUGCACUUCAUUUCAUCGAAUUGUAACAAUGAUUGAUAAAGUUGUUGAUGAACCAUCGACAACUUCUGAAGGCGGAAAUACAUUCAAAAAACGAUUAUUUGUUCAAUAUUUGUGGCGAAAUGCAAAAGCUGUUGAAAAGGCGAGAGUUCAAAAAGAGUUCGAUCCUCGACGACAACGAUUAUUACGAUUUGUGACAGAUCCGGCAGCCCGGAAAAGGUUUUCAAAGAUGUGAUCUUCUACUUCUACCGUUUUUUUCUUGUAAUUUUAUAUUUUUUCAUUUCUAAUUAUUUUUUUCAUUCCUUCAUUCUGAUUCAAAUUACCGGGUUCUUCUCAAUCAACUUUCUAUCGCUUAAAAACUAUCGUGUGUUCUCCCAACAUUUUUUUCUGAAAAAACAAAAAAUCGUCUUUCCCUUUAUGCAUUCAUUUUUUCUAGAUCAACGAAUAAACUUCUAUUUUCUUUUGUGUGUUUUCCAGAAAAAAAAAACAAAAAAAGAAGGUUCCACCGAGAUUUGAACUCGGGUCGCAGGAUUCAAAGUCCUGAGUGCUAACCGCUACACCAUGGAACCGCUUGCGAAGCAACAUUGCAAAUACCAACAUAUUUCUUAUGUGUGUGUUUUCUUCUCUGCCUCUUCUAUUUGUUCACAAUGAAAAAAAAGUUGUGAGAGAAAAAAAAGAAAAAAGAGAAAAAGUUGCAGGUUUGUUGAGGAUGAAUAUUUUGCCGUAAUUGUUGAUGAUAAUGGAAAUGAGAGUGAAUCAGAAAAUGACGAGGAUGACGAUGAAAAUGAUGAAGAAUCAAAGAAUAAUCGAGAUCCACAAAAAUUGAGAAGAAACCAGAAAAUUCAAGUUAUAAUGCAUCCUGGAAAAGGUGGAAAUGUUCCAAUUUAUAGUAAUGAUGAAGAACAUCCACUCGAUGGUCCACACACUAUUUUACACGCUGUACAAUGUCCAAAACAAUUCGUUGCAAAAGUGAGAGGGUUACUGUAGUUAUGAAUAAAUUUUUGGAUUUUUGUAGAUCGCGCCAAAUGAUGUAACUGAUACUUGUUGUUUUGUUCUCGAUUCAAGUCUUGUUACAAUGCAAAUGAUUGAAGGUUUUUUUUAAAUUUCAUACUUUGUUAGCCUACAGUAAUCUGAAAAUUAAGGGAUUUUGGAAGACAUUUUGCACUACAAAUAAAAAAAAAACUAAUUCCACUUUACGAAAUACAAAUUUGUCUAAAAACAUUUACUGUAGUAUAUUUUUUUGCAGAAGAUGCUGAUAAUAUUCGAUGGAAACAAACAAUGUCUACAACACAUUAUUAUGCAACAGAUAAUUGGAAUGAUGAUUUUUAUCGUGUAACUCCUUUAAUGUGUCGAGGAGUAUUGAGAGGAGCAUAUAGAAUUGGAAAAGAUAAAAGUCGGCGGAUCCAAAAAGUUGAGAUUUUCAAAGUAUAUCGAGUUACGCGACAUUUUAGUUGCUGGAAAACAGUUCCACGAUUUCAUCGAGUUUUAUCAUUAGUUGAAGCUGCGAUUCCAUAUGAGAAACUAACUAUUAAACAGAAACAGUUAGUAAAAGCAAACGGAAAGAAAUUAAUCAAUCGAUUAUUUAUCCAGUAUUAUUGGAGAAAUCAACAGAUUGUAAGUUCUGUGAAUUAUUCUUAUUCCAAAAUUUAUUUUUGUAGCCUUCACUGCGUGAUCAAAUAAUAGCUGAAUAUGCUGAAUCAUCGAAAAAGUGUAGAGCGAAAAAAUCGUGGAUUCGAGUUGUUAAAAAUGUUCAACGAAUGAAAGAAGCAGCUGAUUUAUUGAAGAUUAAUAAUAAGAAAAAUUGA